AUGACAGACAGUGCAAGAGAGGGGAAGGAUAUGUUUGUGUGCCUCUAUGAUUGGAAGGUUCAGAAGAAGGAAAGUGGUCAACGGUAUAAAUCAUAUCUGGACUUCACAGGCCUGGAUUUAAAGCUUUUCUGGAAUUUUUAUAGUAAACUUCACCAAAACCCAAGAGAAGAAUGCAUUGAUGCCCAGGCCGUGCUCUUACAGCUUCUUCAGAGUUGUUUCUCAAUGCUUACAUCAGAUCCCAAGGCUGCAAAGACUGAGAAAGCUGCUCAGAAAACAACACUUGAAAGUACAGAAGCAGCAGAGGAACUUUAUAAACAUUUGUGUGAAGUUGUUAACAGUGACAGUGAGUCCACACCAUUGAAGACUCUGAAGCAGGAAGUGACUAACACAUUACUCAAUGGAGCAGCCAUCUUUUUCCCCCAUAGACAUACCAGGCGGGAGCAGCUCUUUGCAAUGCUGAAUAAUAUUACAGAGCAGAAACACAAGCCAUCUGCGCAACUUACUUUCAAAUCACUUUGUGCUUAUUUUAGAUCAUCAGAAUGA